AUGAAUGAGGACCUACCUGUCAGCCUGUGUGCAACUUGCUCAUUAUCGGCUAUAAAUGCAGCUGAAUUUCGGAGGAACUGCAGACAAGCAGCCAAUAAAUGGGAUGCAGUGCUGCAGCUACUUGACACCCUAACGAAAAAUAGGGAAAAAUGCAAAACUCUAUUUGCAGUAAUAGAUUCUGAUCAGAUUGUCAUGAUUAAUGAUAAUAAUAAUUUUUCAAAUAGUAAGUCAGCUGCCAAGAGACUGUCUAUGAGAGUGAAUCCGGAGAAAAAACAGAAAGCUGUUGAUGUAACUGUCAAAAAGCACCGUUGUCAAUGUCCUGAUUGUGGUAAAAAGUUUUUAUAUGAACAGCAAUUUUAUCAACACUUAAAAGAGUCUACAGAUUUCAAAAGAGCUUGUUACAUUUGUGCUAAGAUUAUGACCCGAGAUGAAUUGGUGUUACAUUUAAGAGAAGAACACAAUCAUGAGCCCUAUGAUUGCAAGAAAUGCCCUGCAUUGUUACGUUCAUAUAGCCAGUAUAUGCAACAUUUACGGAAGGCUCACUCACAAGGAUCUUGCACUUGUGGAGAUUGUGGAAGGAGUUUCCGAAGUCCAAAUGCUUUUAGAGCUCAUAUCUCUGUUCAUUCAUCUAAAUCCUGCCCCAGCUGUGAUAAGAUAUUCCGAAAUCAAACCUGCUAUUUUUACCAUGUGAAACUAUGUUGUAACUUAGAGAGAAAUAGGAAUAAUACACAUUCUAAAAAGAGAGGAAAAGUAGAAGUAAAAAAUAAAAAGAGUGAUGAAAAAAUUAAGGUUGGCAUGCGAGGUAGUACAGAUAAAGUAUGCAUCUGUGAUUAUUGUGAUAAGAAAUAUGCUGGAAAAAAAUUUAUUUCUGCACAUAUACAAAUUGUUCACAUGAAGAACACGCACCGGCCUUGCAUUUACUGCGGGAAAUACCUAGCAGCUGCACAUAUGACUGAGCACUUGAAGAGGCAUGAGUCGGUCAAGAUUUAUAAAUGUGACCACUGUGGUAUAACAUUAAAAACGAAAUUAGGAUUUAUUCAGCAUUUACGUCUCCAUAGUGGUGAGAAACCGUAUGCUUGUCAGUACUGUGGGGAGACUUUCUCAGCAUCUUCAAGACGUUCAGAGCAUAUACGUAAAACUCAUAAGAGCUCAGGGAUUGUACUCAGACAUGCAUGCAAGCAGUGUCCCGCUAGAUUCCGUCUCCCUUACAGACUUAAGAAGCAUAUAGUGUCAGUACAUAAUGUAGAAAAGGAUGACCCUCAGUUUGAGUGUACCCAGUGUCAUGAAAAAUUUGCUAGUUGUCGAGGUCUCCUGCAUCACAGUCGAACACAUCAACAACCGCUGUCGAUGGUAAAGAAAGCAAAGAAGGAAAUGAGACCUAAAGUGUAUAACAGACCUUGGUGA